AUGGCCAGUUCCAAUAUUGCCAAAAGGGCUCGAGCAAACACUGCUGGGGAUAUUCAUCUGCAGACCAAUGAGACAUCCGAUGAGACCCCAGACAAUGAGAUUCUAGUUCCCUUACCAGAAGAAAUAAGAGCUCUCAGCAUCUACGAAAUUUCUCAACUUCUUCACGAAGCUGCCAAAAGACACCCUGAUGUAAGAGACUUGGUGGAGGCCUCUGUACAACAUGAGCGCCAAAAUCGAAUUCUCGACUUUGCCACAUCUAUGAAGUCAGUUUGGGCAAAACUCAAUAUCCAAAACAGAUCCAUGAGUGCUACCACGCAACGCAGCAUUGCUUUCGACGUGGCGGGGGCGGUCAGCUCCACUAUUAGCCACAUCGCAGACCAAUGUGCAGAAUAUCCCACUGAUACAAAUCGCUUCAGUGGAUUAGCAGCAUUGCGGAAAAUUGGCAAGAUGAUUUGUGUUUCAAACAAUACUGUCUUAGGUCUUGAAGUCCUGAAACAAUUUGAGUCGGAUCCAAGUCUGGAAAAUGCUAUGCAUGACAUUGUAUACGAAAUGUCAACGCAAGAAAGAGAGACCGUAAGAAAGACACCUCUCUGGGAGAAACUUGGAGAGCUGGAGAAAUUUUCCAAACAAACGUGUAUCUUUCACGGGCUUCCUGAGGUUCUGAACACUCUCUUAACUGGAGACAAAUCUGAAAGUGAUGAAUGGCCGCAUCAUAAUCCUUAUGUUCCUUAUGAAGAUCCGGCAGAUGAAGAAAAUGAUGAAGAUGACGGGAAUGAUGACGAGGAUGAAUACGGACGGACUGGCGAUGAGCACGAUAUCUGCUAG